GAGAGCGACAGGUGAGACAGGUGAGGAAAGGCAGAGACGGUCAAACAGACACAAGGAUUCAAACAUCACUCGUCUCUGUGAAGUGUCUGGACAUGGACAUGACUGCAAACUGAAGAGCAACGAGUAAAACAUGAACCCUGAGGCGGAGACGGACACGAGAAUAAAUGCUGUGGAUACGAGGAACGAGCCGAGUCUGACACCUGAACAGCCCCCGAGAGUCGACGCAGCAUGACAUCCAACUCCACCAACGAUGACCUGUGUGCGGCCAACGACACGCUGUGUAUUGUACGUGAGUAUGAGCAGGCGGUGAUCAUCGUGCCCACGCUGCUCCUCCUGGCCUUCGUCGUCACUUUGCUGCCCAUGUGUGUGCUGAGGUACUGCGCCGAACGGAGGCGAAGAAAAGCCGCGCAACGUUACCAGGGCACAUCGCACCGACACACAAACGGGCACAGCCACGAACACAACCAGAGGCACAACCAUGAGAACGGCCACAGACACACACACGAACACAACCAGAGGCACAGCCACAGGCACAACCUGCAGGGCAUCGACGCGCCCCCUGGGAUCGACCCCCUGGCGCACGAGGAGCUGCCCAUGACGGUUCAGCAGGCGCGGCCCAACAUGAGGCCGACGCCGGCCGCGCAGACGCAACACGGAGGCUUCAGCCAAGUGGCUGCGCUGACGCCGUCUUUCUUCGUGCCGCAGAACAACACGGUCGGCCUGUACAGAGCCCGCAUGGACAACAAGGACGUCAUCCUCAGGGUGCUGAAAGAAUCAGCGAACAGUGAAGAGAAACAGCACUUUUUGGGUUUCGCCUCCUUCGUGUCGGAGCUCGGGCCUCAUCCCUUCAUACCGACGCUGCUCGGGGCCGUUUCUCUGCAGCCGCCGUUGAUCAUGGUGGUGGAAGAGCUGCACCACAGAGACCUGCUGGGGUUCCUGUGGAGAUGCAGACAGGACAACGUGAGUUCAGAGAAUCCGUGUGACAUGACUGAGAAGAGGAUCUUCACCAUGGCCGGACAAGUGGCCUCAGCUCUGGAGUACCUGCACGCUCAGAGGUGCAUCCAUGGCAACGUGGGAGCCCGCAGCGUUUUGGUCGGGGCGGACAUGACGGCGAAGCUGUGGGGACUGGGUCCGUCCUAUCGCAGGAGGACGCAGGCCGGGUCACCGGGGGAAGUGGACGACAUGGAGCUGAGGAAGUGGCAGGCACCUGAAAUGCUGGCGGGGAGACCCAUCAGCCAGAGGAGCGACAUAUGGUCUUUUGGUAUCCUGCUCUAUGAAAUGGUCACAUUAGGUGACCCACCGUUCGCUCAGCUCAUGGCGACUGAACUCUUGCAGUAUCUCCAAAGAGGAAAAUACCUCAAACGGCCGGUGACCUGCUCCAACUCACUGUACUCUAUUAUCAGGUCGUGCACCAACUGGAACCCUCAACAACGUGUCUCCAUGUCGGAGCUGAUCAGGAAGCUUCAGGCGGGAGAACGUUCAGCCAACGGGACGACGGUUCUCAGAGUAACUGAACCGCUCGUCUUUGAGAAAUACCUGCGGGAGGCGGGUUAUGGAGAGGCCUACAACUACGCUGUGCUCUGAUUGGCCGAGAAGGCCGCUCAUAGACACUAUAUUAAUUAAAUAAAUAAAUAAAACAGAUGGGGACUACCGCAAGAACGAAGAAAAUCUGAAAGACGGACAUCACAAUAAAUUAUGUUUUUUUAUUAUAAAUCAUUUUGAUUUUGUACCUUAAAAGGCAUUAAAAUGCACUUUGUGUUUCUAAGUAAUAUAUUACUUGUAAAUAUAUAUAUAUAUAUAAAUAUAUGUCACUGUGCUAAACUGUGAAUAAAUAUGCAAAUGAAAAUCAAAAUCUU